CCCGGUCCGGGUUCAAAGCAUAUUCCCCAGUCCGAUGGCUGGGUACCGUUUCGGAUGCUCCGCGUAGGGUCGGACUCGGACCUUCUCCGUGGGUAAUGGGAAUAUGAUGACGAUUACGAUACCAAGUGGCAAGUACCGAGCGGGACUCGCUCUCCGGAUAAAGUUCACAUUUUUAUUACUGGAUGCAUCGUAUCUUCUUACUGAAUGAUAAGCUCUCAUUGGCAUUUCCUCAGAUAUCUUGGAGACGACGACUCUCCACUCCCUCGGAAGCCAUGAAUUGUCGCUCGCCGGAGAAGUUCCGACGAAUCUGAUUCUCCUACUCUUCUGCAAGGUGUAAAGCAUGAAUCCCCUCUGCAUAUCUCUGGACACUCUCUCCAUAAAACCUCCUCCUCUGUCGCUUCACCUCCAAUCCACCAAGCCCCUCCAUCUCUCUUGCUCUUCCUUCCUCAGCAACCCCGGAAACCUGAAAUUCAAACCGACCCUCAUCUCGAAAACCCCGCCAAAAUCUCUCGUUUCGCUCCGGUGCGCCCCGGUCAGAGCUUCUGCCGCGGCGGACAUCGACAUGGUGAGGAACAAGCAAGGUAUCUACACUCCGAAGCAGAAGAAGGUGGUGGUCCUGUGGGACCUGGACAACAAGCCGCCGCGGGGCCCGCCGUACCAGGCCGCGACCGCCCUCAGGCGGGUAGCGCAGAACUUCGGCGACGUCGUCGAGAUGUCGGCGUACGCCAACCGGCACGCGUUCAUUCACCUCCCCCAGUGGGUCGUUGAGGAACGCCGGGAGCGCAAGCAGCUCGACAUUCUCGAGCGCAAGGGGAUUGUGGCUCCGGCCGAGCCUUACGUUUGCGGGGUGUGCGGCCGAAAGUGUAAGACGAAUUUGGACUUGAAGAGGCAUUUUAAACAGUUGCACGAGCGAGAGAGGCAAAAGAAGUUGAAUAGGAUGAGGUCUUUGAAGGGGAAGAAGAGGCAAAAGUACAGGGAGAAGUAUGUAGCUGGGAAUCAUAAGUAUAACGAGGCGGCCAGGGUGUUGAUCAAGCCGAAAGUCGGAUACGGUUUGGCAUCGGAGUUGAGGAGAGCUGGCAUUUUUGUUAAGACUGUGGAGGAUAAGCCACAGGCGGCGGAUUGGGCCCUGAAGAGGCAAAUGCAACAUUCAAUGAGUAGAAGGAUUGAUUGGUUGUUCUUGGUGUCUGAUGAUUCGGACUUUUCGGAGAUGUUGAGGAAGGCGAGGGAGGCGAAUUUGGGGACAGUUGUGGUCGGGGACUGGGAUCAGGCAUUGGGAAGGCAUGCCGAUCUGUGGGUUCCUUGGAAUGGGGUGGAGAAUGGGGAGGUUACCGGGGAGGAUUUGGUGCCCAAUAGGAGGACAGAGAGGGAGGACGCUGAUAGGGAGGACGGUUUCUUUUCGUUUUCGGUCUUUGAUGAGGACGUUGACGGAGACAGCGACUUGGACAAUGUACUGAAUGAGCUUGUUGCAGGAAGGUCUGAGAAUGGUAGUGUGAGGGUUUCGGCUUUUUCAGAAGGGGAGGAAGAGGAGGAAGAAGAAGAAUGGGACACAGAGGAAGUACCCAAUGGCUUCGUGUUGGGAUAUAGUGACAAUGAGGAAGAUGUCUACUUCUGAUUCAAAAAUUGCAUCUCUCAUUGUCAAAGUUCGUUUCAUAGCCAUUUGAUAAUUGAAUUAUGACAUUGUGUUCAAGAGCUGAUCAUAUGGUUACCUGGGACGAGAUGGCCGUUUGGACGAAUUGGCGACUAAUUGGCUGGUUUGUUUCCACCAAUUUUGCGUACGAAAGUUCUCGGUCUGUAUAUGUUAUACACCACAUUUCU